GUUAAAUACAUGUAUAUUUAGUUUGCGUUUUAGUGUUACGAUCAGUAAAACUGGUGAAACACUUUUCAAGUGGCAUUUGAGUGGAACUUAUAGUAUUCACUUUUAAUUGUAUUUAACAUAUAUUAUAAUAAUUAAUAUUCAGAAUAAUAACCAGAGAUAUGACGAGCGGAAAGGUAGACAUCAAUGGUUGGCCCGUUUGGUACGAAAAGUUUGGUACGGGUUCUGAAGUACUACUCUUAAUACCAGGUGCUAUCGGCACCGGGAGGAGUGAUUUUUUGCCCCAAUUGGAGGGCGAUCACGCUUUUGAUCAAGAAAAAUAUACGCUCGUAUGCAUAGAGCUUCCCGGUUGGGGCCGAUCCCGACCUCCUGAGAGAAAGUACGACAAAAAUGUCUACAAUAACGACGCGGACGUGGCUUUCAAAUUAAUGGAUUCAUUGGGUUACAAAUCAUUUUCUGUGAUCGGUUUCUCGGAGGGCGGAAAAGUUGGUAUACAUAUGUGCCUUAAAAAUCAGCCCCGCGUUAAAGGACUCGUCCUGAUCUCCAUCUUCGUGAAGAUAACGCCCCAAACUGUGGCCCCGACUCUGGCCACGCAGAACACCAGUCUUUGGCCCCAAGAGGUGCGCGACAACUAUGUGCCCGUUUAUGGCGAUGAGGUGCAGGCCAUGUGGGACGGGUAUAUCAACUUUUGCAAAGUAUAUGCCGCUGCCUUUCCCAACGGAUACGUCACUAAUAAGCUCCAGAAUAUCAUGUGUCCGGUCCUACUAUUUCACGGCGAUAUGGACCCGUUGUGUAGUUUGGAUCAUCCGUUACACGUGGAGAAAAACGUGCAAUACUGUCAAUUACAUAGAUUUAAAAGGGGUGCCCAUAACUGCCAUCACAAAUAUCCGGCUGAAUUUAUGAGAGUAACCGAACACUUUCUCAAAGAUUGCAAUGACUUUCGAUAA